UACUUGGUCUGUGGUAAUAGCACUCGAACUGGAAUCGGAUGUAACCAUGAUGUAACUAAAUAGUGCGCUUUGCUCUUGGCUUUGCUAGUGUGAAAACACCUUAACAGUUGCCUAGCAACAUAGGACAUGUAAAGAGAUGGACGUCAAAAUCAUCGAAUUUGAAAGAAAUCAGGCGUCAAUCGUUUGUAAUCAAAUCAUCAAAUAUUUUAAUAAAAUGCUUUUAUGAAAGUGAAGUGUGUUAACUUGAAUUAUUAAUUUUAGUUAAGGAGUGUACUAUAAAAUGACGACGCCUAAGUUAUUGUACACCAUAGAGCAGCCACAUGGCUUGGGCGAGCUGUACUUCAUAUGGCAGAAAGGGGAGUCCCAUUCUUUGCUAGCUACCACCGGUACAGAUGCAACAGUGGCUAUACAUGACCGUUCAGGAACACUGUUGGAGAGAAUGAAGCUACAGGGUUUAUGUGCUGGCAUGGAAUGGGACAAUGACGGUGACUAUUUAGCAGUGAUCACUCCUAAUAGCAAUGCAGUGCUCCUAUGGGAGUGUCAUGCAAAUAAGAAACUGAACAUAGAAACGGGUCUCCGGGAACCUCCGUCAUGCAUAGCCUGGGCAUAUGGGGAACCUCUGUUGGCUGUUGGUACACAGAAAGGGAAUUUGGCACUGUACCAUCAUCAUACUUCUAAGAGGAUACCAAUAAUAGGCAAACAUACAAAAAGGAUCACCUGCGCUGCUUGGAACAAAGACAGUAUCUUGGUUUUAGCUUCCGAAGAUAAGACUUUAUCAAUCAAUAAUGCUGAUGGUGACACAUUGAGGAUCAUUUCUCUAAGAGAUGCACCAAAUGACCUACAGUUUUCCGAGAUGAAAACUGAUGAAAGAGCUGCUGGUGAAAAUACUAUAAGUCUAGUCGUCGGGAAGCGAACACUAUACUUAUACAAUUUAUUAAACCCUGAAAACCCAAUAGAACUGGCGUUUCAACAACGAUACGGGUCUAUAGUGUCAUACAAGUGGUAUGGAGAUGGGUACAUACUCAUUGGGUUUAGUGCAGGAUUCAUCAUUGCCAUAUCCACGCAUAUAAAAGAGGUGGGUGAAGAAUUGUUCCAAGUAAAGAAUCAUAAGGACAAUCUGACUGAUGUGGCUAUUUGUAAUGGCGAAGCUGCUUCUUGUGGAGAUGGACAAUUAAAAAUAAUUUCUGUAUGGAACAACGGCGAGGUGUCAGGGUCGGUAAUGCCCCCGGGCGGCGCGGAACGUUGCGCGUGGAGCUCUGAUGGGCGACUGCUCGCGACCGCGGGCAGGGCGUAUCUGAACGUUUUUGUCACUGCUCUGCCUCCGUUACACGCGGCCUAUGGCACUAGAGUGAUCACACUGACUAGCCUUACUGAGGCCACGGUGUACCAGUGCAUAGCUGUCGGGGAUGAGCCUGAGCCUUUGAAUAAAUCGGAACCAACAGCUCUAGCAUCGUACUCUCUGCCGACGGAGCCGAGCCUGAUCGCGCUGGGAGGCUCGCACGUGUGUUGUGUGAGUGGUGCGCAUGCGUGGUUCUACCCGCUGGGUGGAGGCUCCGCGCUGCGUAGGCAAUACCCCGCGCCGGUGGACGCUGUACGUGUGGCCGGCGCGUACGCCGCCGCCUUGUACCAGGGCCGGGCUAUGUUGCAUUCCAUCGACGCACCAGACCCGUCAAGCCCAGAGAAGGACGCCAUGUUGUUUCCGGAGCCACACAUGCAAGGAGUGAAGAUCAUGGAUAUCUACCUCACCAGUGACUUCUUUAUAUUCGUCACCGACCAAGGCCAUAUAGAAUACUUCGGCGUGGAAGAAUGGCGGUCGUGCGUGCGCUACAAGCACACGUGCGGUAUUGUCGGCGUGUUCUGCGACAUCGGCGGCGCGCGCGCCUGCGUGCUGGACGAGCGGCGCCGCGCGCACGUGUACGCGCCCGCCGCUGAUGAGCUGUGCGCCCUCACGCGCCACCAGCCGCCACACAUCAAGGGCGUGAUAUGGGACAUCUGUCUCUCGGACCGUAACGUGUUCAUCAUAUACACUGAAGAGUCAAUAGAGACGUACUACUAUGCAGCCAAUAGUAUCAACGGAUCUCAUGUGGACUUCGUAGCAGUUACGAGUAUCCUGUCCAGUCAGAUCCCGCUCAUCCUGUUCUCUGGAGAUGUCUAUUGUUACGUUAGUGGAGGAUCCGUAAUGAAAGUGUCCCUCGAGUCUCACAAUACAAGCGGCCUAGCAGACGCGGACAAUGAGAAACGUAUAACUAACCAGAAGAAGCAUAUAGAGAAGUUGCGUCUACUGAGGCGGUUCAGCGAAGCGUGGUUGUUCUGUGAUGCUGUGGAUGAGAGCGAGGCCUGGCGCGACCUGGGCGAGGCGGCCAUAGCCGAUCUUAAUGUCGAAUUUGCUAUUCGAGUUUACACUCGACUAAGUGACGUGGCUAUGGUUUGGGCUUUAGAAGACGCUCUCCAUAUUGAGGAUCUCUCCAUACUGUGCGGUAUGCUAUGCGCGUACCUGGGCAAGGGUGAAGCCGCCGCCCGCUGGCUGGAGACGGCGCCCUCCGGGGCGCUGCACGCGCUGGAGCUGCAGUGCGCGCGCGGCCAGUGGGCGCGCGCCGCCGAGAUCGCCGCCGUGUGCUGCCCGGCGCGCGCGCACCAUAUCACGCUGCACCGCGCGCAGCAUCUUGAGCUUACUGCCGACUACCACGAAGCCCUUGCAAACUAUGAAAAGAGCCUGAUAACUGAAAACACUGAAGACAUAAAGGUGAAGGAACACAACAAUAAAUGCGAGGCGGGGAUCGCUCGGAUGGCCAUCCGCUGCGGGGACAUCAUGCGCGGCGUCACCAUGGCCCUCAAACACGCCUCGGACACCAUGCUACUCAAAGACUGCGCACAACUUCUAGAAGAAGAAAAACAAUACAGCCACGCAGCCGCUCUAUACGAUCAUGCAGGAAACACCGAAAAAGCCGCCUCCCUAUACAUCAAACUGAAAUCCUGGCUCAAAGUCGAAGCUUUGCUUCCCAAGAUAAACUCGCCAAGCAUCCACAUACAAUACGCUAAAGCCAAAGAAGCUGAAGGCAGAUACACUGAUGCUUUGAAAUCGUACCUAAAAGCCCAAGAUUACGAAUCUGCUAUUCGACUGAACUUGGACAAACUGGACGAUAUCGAAGAAGCGGUAAAUUUGGUUCAAGAGACAAAAUCCGUUCAAGGUGCAAAGAUGGUCGCUAAUUACUUUCAAAACAGCGACGAUCCCACAUCGGCCAUUAAGUUUCUGGUCAUGUCUUUGUGUUAUGAUGAAGCGUUCCAGCUUGCGAGAAAAAACGGCAAACUGCAUUUGUACGGGGAGAUAUUGAUACAGACUUCGCAAGCUAGGCCGGAGGAUUUUAAGAGCUUGGCGCUGCAUUUUGAAGGGGAGAAGAAUCAUCUUCUGGCGGGGAAGUUUUACUUUCACGCUGGGGAGUAUAGUAAGGCGAUGACGCAUUUAUUGAAGACGGGAGGGUCGGAGGAGGAGGAGAAUGAAGGCAUUAGUAUUGCUAUCGACGCUGCUGCCUCGAGUGAUGACGAACGAUUGACCAGGCGGUUGAUAGAGUUUCUCUUGGGAGAGACUGACGGGACGCCGCGGGAGCCUCGACAUCUGUUCCGUCUUUAUAUGGCUAAACGACAAUUCAAUGAAGCGGCGAAGACUGCGGUGAUUAUAGCGGGCGCAGAGUGCCGCGCAGGUCGCUAUCGCGAGGCGCGCGACGUGCUGCGCUCCAUGUGCGUGUCGCUGCGGUCUCGCAACAUGCCCGUGCCCAGGGACAUGCGACACACUAUCGCCACGCUGCACUCUUACAUAUUGGUUCGAACACAUGUGAAACGCGGACGACACGACCUAGCGGCGAGACUUUUGCUCCGGACUGCGACAGAAGUAUCAUUUUUUCCUACACAACAACAUCAAGUGUCGAUCCUGACGUCGACGGUGAUAGAAUGCAGCCGCGCGGGCCUCAAACACCAGGCAUACAACUGGGCGAGGGUGCUCAUGCAGCCGGAAUACAGGUCACAGAUUGAUUCAAAAUACGCCAAGAAGAUAGAGUCAGUGGUGCGGCACGCGCCGCGCGGCGCUCCGCCCCCGGAGCCCGAGGCGCCGUGUCCGCAGUGCGGCGGCGCGCUGCCCUCGGCCGAGCUGCGCUGCUCGCGCUGCGAGGCUGACCUGCCCUUCUGUCUGGCUACCGGUCUUCACAUCGUGAAGGAUGAUCUCACCGCGUGUCCCGAAUGUGACUUUCCAGCCAUCAUGUCGGAGUUUGUCGAGAUUCUACAAGAAGAAGGAAAGUGUCCAAUGUGCGGCGAGAAUGUAGACCACAGGAGGCUAGUCAAGAUUGACGAUGCAUCUUUGUAUUUAGACUAUCACACCGGUGAACAAGGUAUAGUUUAGAUUCUUCUUAACUUACAAUAACAACUUCGAUGUAACAUAUAAUAAUUAUGUGAUAGCAACUACAAUUCCGUCCACAUAUAACACUAGUAUAGUGAAAGAUAAGCUUCAGCCUUGCUACAAAAGUUUUAUCUUCAAGGUUGCCUUCGAUUGAGGAAGUAGAAAGAUAAGAGUCUUAAAAUACGUUAAUUUAUACUUAGCUUAGAUAAAACCGCUUGUAAUUGCGUCGAAACGAAUGAUAUAUAAAUAGUAAGCUUUAAUUAGAACUCAUGUGUGUAUGUUAAACAGUUUUUUUUAACAAUAAUAUACGUAUGAUGUAUGUAACACGCGUCGAUAAUGUAUUAUUUGCGUAUUAGUCUCGCCGCGCGGUGAAUUCAAACAUAUGACAAUGUAUCAGAGCGUUCACACACGCCGCGUGACGUCACGUGCCGCUUAACAUGCUGCGUCUACAUAAACGAGGCAUUAAUUGUGCAGCUUAUUUCAACUCAUUAAUAAUUUGACCUAAAAAUAAUGAAGCACCAUUAUACCAAAAUUAUUGUAGCGUAGAAAUAUUAAAAUGUACCAAUGUGAUGCGUUCCGUCCAAUUUAUAAUGUCGUGUAAGUCUAGGAUUAGCCCAGACAAAAAAUUGGUAGUUCCAUUGAAGUCCGAUAUUUAGGUUUUUUAUGUAUGGGUACUUCUUUUGGAGUAUGUUGAAAAGGAUAGUGUCUAUAUUUAGUAGCAUAAAGCGUAUUUAAUGCUUUAUCUCGGCAAUUUGUUAAGGCACGGCAAUAGGAAAGUUGGGAUGUGUUCUUUUUAUUAUAUUUAGUUAAUAUUUAAGAGGAAGCUCUCUAUAUUUUUGUUCCAGUUACAUAUUUGUUUUAUUUAUAUAUCUUAUGUGAAAAGAAAUAAAAUGCCUUUAUAGUGAUGAAACAUUUAAUUUCAUUUGAAAGUAUACCAAGUUGUAGUUACACGUCCGAUACUGAGAUUCAAAUGAAACGCAAAACACAAUGUUGGUAUUAUACAAAAUUACAUUAGGGGCUACCAUAGAAACUCAUUUGUAAUCCUUUGUAAAACUCGAGACUUAAUAGAUACAAACGCACUUACAAACCAAUGUUUUUCGAGUGAGAAACGAUGGUUGCCCCACGAGUAGCCAUUUCGUAAAACUAAAAAAUAAAACGCCAAUACCUGAUUGGUUUAUUCUGACAGAAUACCAACCAAUGACAACGCAUAUUUUAGUCUUACAAAACAGUUUUCAGAUGUCUUUCUUUCCGCCUGUUACUCUACUAUCGAUCAAAUAUUGCCCUAGAUAUAAUUACCACUACCUAGCUAUGCCUUAAGUAGACAAUACAUUUAUACAACUUAAAAUAAUGACAAGACGAUUAUAACGAAAUAAUAAUACAUUUAAUAAUAGAAAUUAAUUGUGCUAAUAAUACAGUGAAGUUUCUAAGUCAACUCUAUGCUGUUGACGCGACUCUUCUAGAUUAGAUUUUAUGAUCUACAGGAUAAAGGCAAAACGAAAGUUCCAUUCUUAAACAUAAUUGUUAUGAUAUCAUUUUCAAACUGAUCUAGUGAAAUAAAAUCUCUAAGUGAUCUCUAGUGAAUACGUCGUCUGAGUAACGUAACUUUUCAAGUAGAGUUCUUCUUGUCAAAUAGAGAGUUAAAUCUGUAAACUUUAAUAGUUUUAAUGAUUUGUGUACUAGUCAGAUAUUAAAAUAAAAUAAAAUCAGACUUUAAAAUUGAAUCGAACUUUCGAAAUCCUAGCACAGACUGCUAAGUUUAAUAACUUCCUUUUUUAUAUUUUAAUCACAAAGUAUUACGAUAUAUUUUCGAAAUAGUGUAUAUUUAAUGUGGAUUUUCCUCUGAAAAUACAGAUUUUAAAACUCUUUUUAAAAUCUGUAUUUUAAAUGUAGCGUUUUCUUUUUCCUGACGAGAAAUAGGCGAGAGUUUAUGUAUGUAGGUAUUAAAGUAAACAGUCUGUGUUAACUAGUAGAUCUAUAUCUAAUAUAAAUACAGGUAUUAUAUUGGUGGUACACUACUCCGCAAAG